AUGACCAAGUCUUUGUGUUUUUCAUGUUUACUAAUAAUUUUCGUUUUGGUUGUACAGAUGCAAAAGGUGAGUCCUGCGUCAAAGGAAGAAGUGAUUAAGUUGAGAGUUGGAGUUCCUAAGAAAGAUGGCUUUACCCAAUUUCUAAAAGUAGUUUGGAAUUCUCGUGAAAACAAGUACAACGUGUCUGGAUUUUGCAUGGAUAUUUUCAAUGCCGUUUUAGGCAAGUUAACUUUCAAGGUUUCUCUACAAAUUGAACCUUAUGUUAAUGAAUUCAAAUCCAGUGCUGGAUCAUAUGAUUCACUUAUCCAACAAGUCCCAGCAAAGUAUGAUAUUGUGGUGGGGGACGUAACAAUCGUGGCAAAUCGUUCACAAUUUGUAGAUUUCACACUACCAUUUACAGAAUCAGGAGUUAGAAUGUUAGUUUCAGCUCAACAUGGAAGAUACCAAACCAUGUGGAUUUUUGUGCGACCCUUCAGCUGGCAACUUUGGUUGAGCAUACUUUUAAUCUCCAUGCUGAUAGGAUCUGUCAUACUCAUCAUGGAAAGAAACGUAAAAACCCUACCCGAUGAUCAUCACGACGAUCAUUUGUCGUUUAAAAAACAGCUCUCUGCAAUAACCAUGCUAUGGUUUCCCUUAUCACAAGCCGUUCUUCCCGAAAGAAAAGUAGUUGCCAAUAACUGCUCAAUAUUUGUGCUGAUGGUUUGGCUGCUGUUGGCGUUUGUCCUCAUGCAAAGUUAUACUGCAAACUUGACAUCAAUAUUGACCUUAGAUCAGUUGCAACCUAGUUUUAUGGACGUCAAUGAUCUAAAGAAAGGAGAUCAUUAUGUUGGAUAUCAAGAUGGUUCUUUCGUUUAUAACUUAUUAGUACAACAAUUGAAGUUUAAUCCAUUGAAGUUGAAAGCAUAUAGAACCAUUUCUAGCUAUCACCAUGCUUUAAAGCUUGGAAGCAAAAAUGGAGGUGUCACAGCUAUUUUUGGAGAAGAGCCCUACCUUAAUGUGUUUCUUCAAAAGGUUAAAUCCAAUUACAUCAUAACUGGUCCUACCUAUAGGACUGGUGGAUUUGGUUUUGCAUUUCCUUUAAACUCCAAUCUUACUGCUCACUUUUCAAGAGCAAUAUUGAAUGUGACACAAAAUCAUGAAUUUAUGGAAAAGAUCGAGAAAAAAUAUUUUGGAAAGAGUAUUGAAGGCCUACAGCAGCAAUCUUCACAAAUAUCUUCAGUUUCACAAAGUCUUACCUUUCACAGCUUUGCAGGGCUCUUCUUAAUCACUAUCAUUUCUACCUUAUUGGCGUUAUUUAUAUCUGAAACUUUUUAUUUUUGGCAAAGAUCCAUUUCAAUGAUGAAAGAGUAUUGUUGGAGAUGUUUCUUUCAUUCACCACCUCCUACUCAAGAAAUUAAUCAACAAAUGACUACUCCCUCCCGUCCUUAUUAUAAGAAAAGUUUUACUUUUUAA